CUUAUACAUAUACAUAUUUAUAUGCAUUAUGCUUAGAUUUAUUUUAGUACAAAAUCGUCAAGGUAAAACAAGAUUAGCCAAAUGGUACGUCCCAUAUGAAGAUGAUGAAAAAUUAAAGCUUAAAGGAGAAGUACAUCGACUUAUUGCGCCAAGAGAUCAAAAACACCAAAGUAAUUUUGUCGAGUUUCGUAAUUAUAAAAUUGUUUAUCGUCGAUACGCUGGACUCUUUUUCUGUGUAUGCGUAGAUGCUAACGAUAAUGAAUUAGCUUAUUUAGAAGCAAUUCAUUUCUUUGUGGAAGUAUUAGAUGCCUUUUUCGGCAAUGUAUGUGAAUUAGAUUUAGUUUUUAAUUUUUAUAAGGUUUACGCUAUUCUAGAUGAGGUGUUCUUAGCAGGUGAAAUCGAAGAAACAAGUAAAAAUGUUGUAUUAACAAGACUUGAUCAUUUGGAUAAAUUAGAAUAAUAAUAAAUACCUGUAAUUGUAAAUAUAAAAUAAA